AUGCUUUUUGUGCUGUUUCGUUUGUAAUCACUUAUUUCCGCUGUUGCAACACGAAUCCUUACUGACGCGGUUUGAACAGAAUCAAUACGAAUGCUUAUCUUUUGUGUUUUUGGUGCCUAGCCUAUCUUCUUCAUGACGAAAUGCUACUGAAGGAUAUAACCUCAGAGAUACAACCGGCUUUUCAGUCUGAUGGAAGUCUUAAUAUGCAGUAUCUCCUCGACAGUUGUCCUCUUCUGGACUCGCUCUACGAAGAAAUUCUUCGAAUUUCCAACUACCCCAUUGGCGUCCGAGUCAUCACUACUGCAGUGGCUGUAGGUGAUACAUUACUCCAACCUGGGAGGCAACUACUUAUGCCCUACUCUCAAAUGCACUUCGAUCCGGAGGUUUUUGGCUCAAACGCGAAGGAGUUUGAUGCAAAAAGAUUUUUGUACAACAAACGUUUGGUACGAAGUAGCAGUUACCGACCGUUUGGGGGAGGACUGACACAGGUAUGUUUUUUAUUUUCUAGGUUGUUGUGUGAGUCAAGGCAGUGUUUCGAUCCGCAGAGUCUCCAUAUUUCUACGUUCAUUUCUUAGGCAACCCCUUCGAGGUUCCAAUACUAAUCGUGAUCGUCAACAGUGCCCCGGCAGGUUUUUAGCGAGACGCGAAGUUCACUUAUUUCUCGCUCAACUUCUAAUAGAUUCGAUAUAGCUCUUGUAUCCGAUAA